ACAAGAAUUUUCAACAACAGGUUUUAGCUCCGUCCUUUUUCAAGCUACACGCACGAAUGCUUUUCUUCUUCUCCGAGGAUUGAAGUACCGUAUUGUGGUCAAGUGAAAGCUAUCUACCAGGGCAAUAACUCGGCAUUCACGUAGCGGUUCUCGAUAAUGAAGGCGUGUAUCUUCCUAUCUCUGCUUACAAUAUUAUUCUUCUGUAGCAAUGGUAUUCUAGCUCUAUUAAGGAUUAAGCAUAACAAGGUAGUAACUUGUUAUGUCGCUUCCUGGGCCGUUUAUAGAAAUAAUGAUGGAAAAUUUGGAAUCCCUCAUAUCCGUCCGGAACUUUGCACGCACAUCAUAUACGCGUUCGCCGGAUUAGACAGCACAUCAUGGACCAUUAAGAGCCUCGAUCCCAACAUAGAUAUUGACAAGGAUAAUUACAAAAAAAUGACCGAACUUCGUGAACAGUAUCCAGGUUUAAACAUCCUACUCGCAAUCGGAGGAUGGAACGAGGGUAGUAAAAAUUACUCUUUACUCGCUUCAUCCCCUACACGAAGAGCUACAUUCGUUAAGAGCGUAGUGGACUUCCUUGAGGAAUACAAGUUCGAUGGAUUCGAUCUAGAUUGGGAAUAUCCGGGAUCACGGGGUGGUAAUCCAGAAGACAAAUUAUAUUUUGCCAUUCUUGUGAAGCAAUUAAAAGAAGCAUUCAACGAGUCCAACUAUCUACUAACAGCAGCUUUAGGUUCUAAUAAAGCAAUUAUCGAUACGGCAUACGAUAUUCCCGAAAUUUCCAAAUAUCUCGACUAUAUCCAUGUAAUGGCCUAUGAUUAUCAUGGAUCAUGGGAUAUGAAAGUGCUUCCGAAUGCACCAUUAAGAAGUGGAGACGGUCUGAGCGUGAUGGACACACUUAAUUAUUUGUUAAGUAAAGGUGCACCAGCGAAUAAAACAAUCUUAGGCCUGCCCAUGUAUGGCAGAACUUAUAUAUUGGCAAGCAAAUUAAAUUCUUCCCAAGAAAGUCCAAUUAAUCGAACAACCAUAACAAGUGGAUUUAAGGGGCCUUACACUGACCAAGAAGGUUUUAUGGGAUUUAAUGAAAUUUGUGAAGAAUUAGUGAGUCAUAAAGGUAACUGGACUUCUGGCUGGGAUAAUACUAGCGAUACACCUUAUGUCAUUAACGAUGAUCAUGUUAUAGUAUAUGAUAAUCUCAGGAGUUUAAAAGCAAAGAUCGAAUACGCAAUGAGCUUAAAAUUAGCCGGUGUAAUGAUUUGGAGCAUCGAUACUGACGAUUUCCAUGGAAAGUGCGCAAAUCUCUUUAAAGGCUCUUUAAAUUUAACAGAUAUGACAUAUCCUUUACUAAGAUGGAUUAAUAUAGUUGUAUCUGAAAAUAGUCAGAUAAUCAGUGAUAAAGAUAAUGUAAACAUAGGUAAAGAUAAUUCAUCUUCCAUCACAAAAUUUUCUCAUAACUUUAUCUUAAUAAUAUUAAUAUCUCUUGCAUACUAUAUUUAAAGACAGCUGGUAAUAGCUGGAAAAAUAGUACCAAAAAGUUUAUGAAACUUGGAUACAUUUAUCCUAAGGACUGAUUUGCUUUUCUUUAUUGUUUCGAAAAUGUUCCUCUAAAGCUGUCUUUCCAUUUUUAUGUUUAUGCUAAUCUAUUGUAAUAAUAAAUGUAACCUACCGAAUGUCAUACUGCUUAUGCUAAUGGCAUAUCAUUAUAAUUAUUCGUGUAUAUAUAGUAAUAAAGAGAUUUCCUAUUUGGAUUAAAAAUAUAUGAAAUAAA